AUGAAGACACUCGAAACCUCCAAAAUGGAAGAAUUUCUGAUUUUACUCGCAAAAAAAGCUCCUAUCAGAGAGCUUAGAAACCACAUUCAACCAGGAAUAUAUCAAAUCGCCCAUGGAACCUUCCGAUGGCAAUGUUUCUUCAGAUCUCCACGUGCGUCGCUGGAGUUCGAUGUGAGUAACGAGGAGUUUUCCUUCAGUUGGCCAGAUUCACGGCACGCGAGAGGUUGCUUUCAUGCCCAUGGCUUUAGCGUGGUCGGUGAUGACUGGCAGGAAGAUCACGGAAAUCAUGCCGCAUUCACCAUCGGCGAGGCUGUAGUUGAAUACAAGACCGAACGAGAGGUUCUUCCUGAACUCGAGGACGAGGACUUGGUUCGAGACCCGACGAAAACUGCGAUCUGCACCGAUGUCAAGGGUGAAGACAAAACGCCGGUAGUGGAAACAGCGAGUCAGAUGGAAAUGGCGUCAAAGAUCGAUUUGACACCGACAAACAUUUUGCGGCAGAAGAUAACAGGCGAUCUUGCGCAAAAAAGUUCAAGUGAAUAUCCUCCUGGUAAUCCGUUCUUGAAACAACAAGUUGAUAGAACAAUAGCCUAUCAUCUCAGGAGUCAGCCAAACACAAGAUCGAAAAAGGUGGAUGCCAUAGAGGACGCAAAACAAUCAGCUCCGCCAUAUGUAUCUCCUUACGCGCAACUCGAAACUCAUCUCAACGCUACCCUAGUUCACAUCAAGCCAACGAGAACUCGUCUGCCAGAUGACGCCCCUAGAUCUACUAUCUCGUCCAGUAAGCCUCAGUACCCUUCUUUGCUGUUAAAACGACCUAAAGCAAAUGAUGGUCUAGCGGAAAUACCAAAACGACGACUCCUUCCACGAAAGACUCAGAGAUCUGUCCUCCCAUCCAGGCCUAGGGUCAAGCUGUUACCGGCCACCAAGCAACAGAAUGGAACGGAUAGUCAUGCUCCAGAGCCCGCCACCAAGAAGAGACAACGACCUUCGGUCUCUGCUGUUUCACCAGCCGAACCUAGUCAGAAAGCAAAGAAGAGGCGGACCCAAAAGUGA